UAGUUUUUUUUGUAAAUCGCCUUUGAGCGUCUCCGACAUCAUCGACGUCUGUUGCGCCGGCGGCGCUGCUUUUCCCACCGUCUAUGCCUCCGGUGGACGGGAUUUACCCGCGAAACCUCGUUAAAGCCUUUUUGUCUCCCCUGAGACGAACCAAGACCCUACGCCAUAUCCAACAACUCCACGCUCAGGUCAUUGUACAUGGCCUCGAAAGAGAUGUUCACUUCGGAUCCAGUGUCACUAACGCGUAUAUCGAAUUGGGUCGCCUUGCAUUCGCUUCCGGGUCCUUCAAUCGGAUUCCCGCCGAGGAGAGGAAUCGCCACUCGUGGAACACAAUCCUUUCUGGUUACUCCAAGUUCAAGUGUUAUAUCGAUGUUUUAGUUCUUUACAGUUGUAUGAGAAGAAGUUGCGAUGAUGGGGUUGACAGUUUCAACUUGGUUUUCGCCAUCAAAGCUUGCAUUGGAUUAGGUGACCUAGAAAAUGGUAAAUCGAUUCAUGGGUUGGCGAGGAAAUUCGGGUUGGAAAGAGAUGCUUAUGUUGCCCCAUCCUUGGUCGAGAUGUAUGUGCAAUCUGGUUCUCUGGAAGAUGCACAGAAGAUGUUCGAUGAAAUUCCUGACAGAAACUCAGUUCUUUGGGGCGUUCUGAUGAAAGGGUAUUUGAAAUUCUCAAUGGACUCGGAAGUUUUACGUGUGUUUCAUCUCAUGAGAGACACAGGUUUAGGAUUCGAUGCUUUUACAUUGCAAUGUCUGGUUAGGGCUUGUGGGAACGUGUUUGCUGCUAAGGAAGGGAAAUCGGUGCAUGGUUUAUGCGUGAAAUGGAGCUGGAUAGAAUGCAGUGCCUUUUUGCAGGCCUCACUCUUAGAUAUGUAUGUGAAAUGUGGCUUGAUUGACAAUGCCCUCAAAUUAUUCGAAACAAGUGUUGAUCGGAAUGUGGUUACAUGGUCGACGCUGAUUUCUGGGUUCGCAAAAAAUGAGAGAGCUUUUGAAGCAUUUUCUCUGUUCAGGAAGAUGGUGGCAGAAUCUAUGCGUCCAAAUGAAUUUACUUCAGCCAACAUUCUUGUUUCGUGCUCGAGCUUGGGAUCUCUAAGACACGGGAAAAGCGUUCAUGGCUACGUGAUACGAACUGGGAUUGAAAUGGAUGCUGUAAAUUGUACAUCUUUUAUCGAUAUGUAUGCGCGAUGCGGGUGUGUUCCAAUGGCUCGAAAGGUUUUUGAUAUGAUGCCGGAAAAAAAUGUGAUAUCUUGGAGUUCGAUGAUUAAUGCUUUCGGGAUAAACGGCCUGCUUGAGGAAGCCAUUGAUUGUUUCGACAGAAUGAAGGCAAGAAACCUAGUACCUAACUGUGUAACAUUUGUUUCGCUUCUGUCAGCUUGUAGCCAUUCAGGAAACGUAGAAGAAGGGUGGAAGCAUUUCGAAUCUAUGACAAGAGACUACGGGAUUACACCAGAGGAAGAACAUUACGCGUGUAUGAUAGAUUUGCUCGGUCGGGGUGGUAGACUAAGGGAAGCUAUGUCGUUUCUCGAGAACAUGCCCGUGAAACCUAGAGCUAGUGCUUGGAAAGCUCUUCUUGGGGCUAGUAGAAUCCAUAAGCAAGUCAGCUUAGCAGAAGAAAUAGCCGAGAAGCUCUUGUCCUUGGAACCCGACAACUCGAGUGUCUAUGUCUUGCUGUCUAAUGUAUAUGCAGAUGCCGGGAUGUGGGAUAUGGUGAACAGUGUGAGAAAGAAAAUGGGCAUGAAAGGUUAUCAGAAGCCUCUGGCUCUGUCUGCUACACGAGUCGGCUAGAAGUUAGAACGGGCUUUUGGCUGUUUCGGCUUCGUAGAUCGAUCGAUGAAAGGGAUUGGUAGAUGAAAAGCUACUGAUUGGAAUCGGGUGCGAACUACAAAAAUGCUUUUAGGGUUUUGCAGAUUCUGCAUCUGAGAUUGUUG